AUGUUCGGAACCCAGGAUGCGCAGCUCGCCCGCGCCAAAGAGCUACACGCUCCUCCACCAAAAGGACAGCCCUACAGUGUCCCACUACCUGGCUCGUCAGCACCGGGACGGAGCGCAGUUUACAGACACUGGAGGUUCGCGGACAAGCCUCUGCUAGAUACGUUGGUACCGGAGAUCUCCACGGCGCACGAAGCAUUCGAGCAUUCAGUCGCGAGAUACCCAAAGAACAAGUGCCUUGGCCAUCGCCCAUACGAUCCCGAUACAAAGAAAUUCGGCCCCUAUGUCUGGGAAGACUAUGAGACUAUCGGACAACGGAGGAAACACUUUGGCGCCGGGCUGGUCCAUCUGCACAGAGGGGCCGGCGUCACGGCUAGCAAAUAUGGCAUUGGCUUGUGGUGUCAAAAUAGGCCUGAGUGGCAGAUUACCGAUUUGGGAGCCAUGUCACAAGGUCUCUACACUGUGUCCAUCUACGACACGCUCGGGCCAGACACCACCGAGUACAUCAUCAAUCACGCUGAGUUGACUUGUGUCGUCACUGGCAUGAAUCACGUCAUAUCACUGCUAAAGCUGAAGCCACGUCUCCCUACACUCAAGAUCAUCAUUGUCCUAGACCCGUUGUCUGCAGGUGAACUUCCGGGAGAGUCCAAGGGCGACCUUCUCAACUCGCUGGCGAGCGAGCUCGGCGUCACCAUACACUACAUCCGCGAUGUUGAGCUUUUGGGAGAGACCCAGCCCCUCCCCAUGAACCCACCCAGACCCGAGGACACCGUAACGGUCAACUAUACUUCUGGCACAACAGGAAAUCCCAAGGGCGUUGUCCUGACCCAUGGAAAUGCACAUGCUGCUACAUGCUCAAGUAUGGUGCUCAUGGGCUCCGACUCCAACCAGGUCAUCUGUUCUUUCCUGCCUCUUGCACACAUCUACCAGCGGUUGGGUGAGCACAGCGCGCUUGCUACAGGAGCUGCCAUUGGCUACUUUCACGGCAACAUUGCAGAGUUGGUGGAGGACCUUCAAGCGCUACGACCGACCAUCUUCUCUGGUGUUCCGCGAUUGUACAAUAGGUUCGGAUCCAAGAUCAAGGAAGCGACUAUUCAGGCUACCGGUGUCAAGGGAGCGCUCUCUCGUCAUGUCGUGGCCACAAAAAUGGCUGCCAUCAACGACAAGCAGAAUCCUACCAAUAAACACAUGCUCUACGAUCGUAUUUGGGCGAAGAAAGUCUCAGCUGGACUUGGUCUUGACCGAUGCAAAAUUCUUGUCACCGGUUCUGCGCCCAUCGACCCUAGUUUGCACCAGUUCUUGCGCAUCGUAUUCGCCAGCAACUUCACCCAGGGCUACGGUCUCACAGAGACGUAUGCUAUGGGUCUUGUGCAGCACGAGGGCGACUUCAGCUCGAGUAAUUGCGGUGGUGUUGCGCCCACUUCCGAACUCGCUCUCCUCGAUGUGCCCGACAUGGACUACCUGUCCACAGACAAGCCAUGCCCACGUGGUGAGUUGCUUAUUCGCUCCACGACUCUGUUCAGGGAGUACUUCCGCAACGACGAGGAGACCCAGAAGGCCAUUGAUGCCGAUGGCUGGUUCCACACGGGCGACAUCUGCUCCGUCGACGAACUCGGUCGCUUCGCCGUCAUCGACCGUAGGAAGAAUGUGCUCAAGCUUGCGCAGGGUGAGUACAUCUCGCCUGAGCGCAUCGAGAAUGUCUAUCUUGCCAACUGCGGAUGGCUCGCGUCGGCCUAUGUGCAUGGCGACUCGCACCAGUCCUUCCUCGUUGCCAUCUUCGGUGUUGCGCCAGACCUCUUCCCGCAAUUCGCCUCCAAGGUGCUUGGCGAGAAGAUUCCAGAGGGCGAUGUGGCGAAGCUCAGGGAGGUGCUCAGUAGCAAGAAGCUGGAGAAGGCGGUACUCAAGGAGCUGGAGAAGAUUGGAAAGAAGAACAAGUUCAACAGCUACGAGCGUGUGAGGAACGUGCGAUUGUUCUUGGACCCGUUCACGAUUGACAACCAGUUGUUGACUCCCACAUUGAAGUUGAAGCGUCCGCAGACGGCGAAGGCUUUUAGACAGCAUCUCGACGACUGCUACGAGGAGGCGCUUGCGGAGGAGACCAAGGUCAAGGCGAAAUUGUAA